AGAAAAAUAGUCUGAAAAGUCCGACAAAGAGGUCGGUCGGAGACGGUUGUUUCUUCUUUUGCCUCGCUCAAUAAAUAAAAUUGACACAAAAAAUUCAAUUGAGCUAGAAAAGGAGUCUCGUUCGAGCUAGAAACUGGUGUGAACAGCUGUUGUUGCACUAGUGUUGGGUAACUUUUUGUUGUUGUUUUUUUUUUGUGUGCGUUUCUAUUUCAUUUUUUUUAUGUUAUUUUACCAACGAGCUGCGCGUGUAGUAAAGUGGCAGCCGUAUCAACAACAACAGCAGCAGCAGCAACAACAACAAUUGUCGCAGUGGUAAAAAGCAAGUGUGAAAAAUACCAGCCAAAAGCUGACCAAAUUGUGGGCGAAACAAAAUAAAACAAAAAAAAAUUUAAAAUUAAAUAAAAUUACCAGCAGAUGUACAUACAUUUAUAUGUACAAUUUUAGUUGUGGUAGUACUAAUAAUAUUACUAGUACUAAAAAUGCGAAUCUGUUUGUGAAUAUUGUGAAGUGACAAAAUAAAAAAAAAAUGUAAAAAAAAAACCUUUUAAACGUACACACAGUCAGCACUCAUACAAACGAAUACAAAAAGUCGUGGAUUCGUCGUCGUCGCUGCUUUGGUGUGUUUGUGUGCGCACACAUACACAUGCAUAUAUACAAGUGAGCUCCUCUAGUUGCCACCGAGCGAACGCGAAAGAAAGAGCGAGAGAGCAGUCGUUGUCUUUAGUUUCUGUGUUGCUUUUAUUUUUGCCAGAGUAUUUAUUUUUGUGUGCGUGUGUGUGUGCGAGUGUGUGUUUUUUUUAUAAUAAUUUUCGCAUUGUGAAAAGUUUUUUUUGUUCAACACACACACACAUACAAGUUUGGAAAAGCGUGCGUUCGUGUGCGUGUGAGUCGUCGCGCGCGUUGGCAGCAGCAGAAUUAAACACAACAAAUAGAAAAAACAACAACAGCAGCAAAAAUAAAAUCAACAACAUUUAUAGGCCCGACGAGCAGUUCGCGCCACUUUGAAGAGAACUCCUCCCCCCUCCAUGCAAAAUGUCUAGUCCUGACGAUAGAAUACCAAUACAUGAUCUGCCGCCGGAAGCCGGAAAUGAUGAGCGACAUUUGCGCAUAACGCCGAGCAGUUUAUCGCUCGACUUUAAGCCUCAUCAAGUCGACAUUGAUCAACAGAUCCUGGAGCUGAAGAAGAGUCAGGAGCUGCAGAAACAGCGUCUGUUCCACACGUAUCAGGAGCAGACGAAGCAAAUGGAACUGGAGCAUAAAAUGCAACUGGAGCACAAAUAUCAUUUUGCGGUGCAUUCACAUGGCGCUUUCCAGGAAUUGCGGGAACAGAGCAUGGUUACGGCCGCCGCUGCUGUCGAGGAGCAGCAUCGCCAGCAGCAGCAGCAGCAACAACAACAACAGCAGCAGCAGCAACAACAACAGCAGCGGGAGCGAAGGGAACGAGAAGUGAUGAAGCGCAAGGAGAAUUGCAGCGCCAAUGCGAGUCCCGAAGUCAAACAGAUUCUCAGUUGCUUUCUCAUGAGCCGCAAGUCGCAGGCGGUGGCACCAAAUGGCACAACAACAACAUCGCCCUAUCGCAAUCGCGGUGUGGUGAAGAGCUCCUCGGGUGAAUCGCUGCCAGCGGGGACGGUAACAAGUGCACAUCCUUAUAAAAUACCUCAGCCGCCUCCCUCACUGCUCAAAUAUGAAUCUGAUUUUCCGCUGCGCAAGACGGCAUCGGAGCCGAACCUGCUGAAGAUACGGCUAAAGCAGAGCGUGAUCGAGCGGAAGGCUCGCAUCGGCGGCCCAGCGGGGGCGAGACGUCACGAGCGGUUGCUCCAGGCUCAUCGUAGACAUCAAAAGAACUCGGUUCUCACAAACUGCAACAGCACGCCGGACUCGGGACCCAAUUCGCCGCCCUCGUCCACAUCGCUGUCGGUGGGCGUGGUAGGGAGUCGCGGCUCACCAACCAGCGCUCCCAUCCAAGAGGAGAACGAGGAGGGCAGCCAAUACCAGCCGGGACAGCGGAGCAACAUCAACGAUCUGCCGCUGUUCAGUUCACCCUCGCUGCCGAACAUCUCGCUGGGUCGACCGCACUUAACCAAUCAGUCGCAGGCGGGCCAGACCAACUAUGCCAUUUUCGCUCAACUGCGUCAGCAUGCGGCCGCCGCCGCGGCAGCCGCUGCAGCAGCGGGCGCAUCCGCAGCCGGCGGUGCACCGCCGCCGGGCGUUGGCGGCGUUGUCGGCACACCGCCCACCUACUACAGUCCAUUGUCGAUGCCCUUCGGUCGUCAGGCGGCGGCAGCGCCACCGUUGGCCAUGAUGCCCGCCACGGGAAUUGCGCCGCAACCGUCGCCCGUGGUGCGUUCGGCAUCGGCCACAUCGACAUCCUCGUCGCAGGCCUCGCUUGUGGGCGAUGUGGCACCGCCGCAAGCCCAUGCCGCCUCCACCAUACUGUCCUCAUCCUCGUCCUACAUGCAGCAGUUGAGCGGUGUGGCUGGUGUCACUGGCGCCUCGGCGGUCAAUCUGCAUGCGGCUGUGGCUGCGGCUGCUGCCGCCGCUGGCAAUUUGCCUCCCACAAACAGCCACAGUCAUAGCCACAGCCACGCCCACGCCGCCACACUCUACGGGCAUCAGCAGCAGCACAACGCACACACGCACGGACAUCCCCAUGGUGGUCAUGUGCCCAUCACGGACGCACAGGUGGCCCAGGUGCAUCUGCACAAGCAGGGACACCGUCCGCUGGGACGCACACAGUCCGCUCCGUUGCCCCUGGGGCAUCCGAUGCUGACGGGCGCGGGGCAACUGAAUGUGGCGCAGACGCACUACGAGAACAGCGAGGCGGAACGUCAGGCGUAUGAGCAUCAGGUGCUCACCCAGAAACUGCGGCAAACGGUGCUGACGCGCAGCGGAGCCGCCGCCGCAGCCGUUGCCAGUCGUGAGCCGCAGCUGCGCGAGGAGGAGGACGACACGGCUGCCGAGGUGAUGGAUCUCACCGACAAGAAGAAACCGCCCAAAACGGUGCUCACGAGCACCAUUGCCACCAGCACCUCACAGAAUCUGCCCGACGCCUUGGCCGCUGCGGUCGCCGCUGCUGACUCGUAUCGAGUGGGCGUCGGCGGCAAGUCGAGCAAGCAACGGGAUCAGGAGUAUCUGCAGCAACAGCGCGAGCUGCUCUAUCUGCAGGAGGCCAAGGGACUGUUGCGUCCGCUGUCGCGCACCCUGAGCAGUCCGCUGGUGCCGCUGGGACCGCACGGUCUCAGCCAGAUACCGGACACCGGUCAGCAGCCGACACCGAUAGCGACGUCAUCGUCGGCCGAUCACAUACCGCCCGUGAAUCUAACGUUGCCGCACAAGCGUCAUCUGCUGGGCAGUGCCUAUGCCGCCCAGCUGCGCCAGCAGCAACAGCAGCUGGUCGUGGAGAGCGCCUCGCCGCACAAGCGCAUCACCACGGGUCUCGCCUACGAUCCGCUGAUGCUGAAGCACACCUGCAGCUGUGGCGACAAUGCCCCGCAUCCCGAGCACAGCGGCCGCCUGCAGAGCGUCUGGGCGCGUCUCAACGAAACGGAUCUGGUGAAGCGUUGCGAUCGCUUGCGAGCACGCAAGGCCACGCAGGAGGAGCUCCAGACGGUGCACACGGAGGCGCAUGCGAUGCUCUUUGGCUCGAAUCAGGGUCAGCUGAGUCGUCCCAAACUCGAGUCAGCGUUGUCCGCGAGCUUUGUGCGCUUGUCGUGCGGCGGCGUUGGCGUCGAUCUGGAUACCACCUGGAAUGAGAUGCACACAGCGACGGCAGCUCGCAUGGCCGCCGGGUGUGUCAUCGAUUUGGCCUUCAAGACGGCCAAGGGUGAUUUGCGCAACGGUUUCGCCGUCGUCCGUCCGCCUGGCCAUCAUGCCGAGGCCAAUCUAGCCAUGGGCUUCUGUUUCUUCAACUCGAUCGCCAUUGCGGCGAAACUGUUGCGUCAACGCGUGCCCGAAAUGAAGCGCAUCCUCAUCGUUGACUGGGAUGUGCAUCAUGGCAAUGGCACACAGCAAGCAUUCUACCAAAGUCCCGACAUUCUAUAUCUUUCCAUACAUCGACACGAUGACGGCAACUUCUUUCCCGGCACCGGUGGCCCCACAGAGUGCGGCGCCGGUGCUGGUGUCGGCUACAACGUGAACAUCUCAUGGUCCGGCGCACUGAAUCCACCGCUGGGCGAUGCCGAAUAUAUCGCUGCAUUCCGUACUGUUGUGAUGCCCAUUGCCAAGUUCUUCAAUCCGGACAUUGUGCUUGUCUCGUCCGGUUUCGAUGCGGCCACCGGACACCCCGCACCGCUGGGCGGUUAUCAUGUCUCGCCUGCGUGCUUUGGGCUGAUGACGCGUGAACUGCUUCAGCUGGCCAAUGGCAAGGUGGUGCUGGCCCUGGAGGGUGGCUACGAUUUAGCGGCCAUCUGUGAUUCGGCGCAGGAGUGUGUGCGCGCCCUGCUCGGCGAUCCUGUCUCGCCGAUAGCUCAAAGCGAACUCGAGCGUCCGCCGUGUCAGAAUGCCAUCAAUACGCUACAGAAAACCAUUGCCAUACAGCAAACACAUUGGCCCUGCGUUCGAUUGCUGGAGCAUACGGUCUGUUUGUCGGCGCUGGAGGCACUCAAGAUUGAGCACGAUGAAUCUGAAACGGUCAAUGCCAUGGCCGGCCUCUCCAUGCAGUCGCUACACAGAACACUUUCGCGAGAUGAUUCCGAGGAACCAAUGGAUCAGGAUGAAACCAAAUAGUGGAUAUGGAUGUCGAUGUGGAUGUAGAUGUGAAGAAUGCCGAUGACGAUGAUGAUGAUGAUGAUGAUGCCGAUGCCUGCUCAACGCACUCUAGUUAUUGUUGUAGUUUAAUUGUUGUUGUUUAUUGUUGUUGAUGUCAUUUUGUUGUCGUCGCCAACGACGUCGUCGUCGCACUCGCCGUCGCCGUCUGUGUCAUCAAUCAUGAACCGCGGACGCGCGCUCGUCAGUUCCUCGUCUGUCACGCUCUCACUCACUCUUUUAGCUAGCUGUCUGUAUUGUAAACUCACCAUACAUACACCACACACCACACCACGCGCACAACAACACACUCCAAACCCACACACCACACACCAGACACACAAAAAACAGACGCGUUAAAAAGUUCAAAUUGCCUUGAAGCAAGUUCUCAAGGUGGAAAAUUGGAAUUACUAAACGUAUCUAUCGAAUGAGUGAAAAGGAUCAUGAAACAGAGAACGGAGAAGGGGUUGUAGGAGAAUGAGGAGAUGCAGCAGAGAGAAUUCAGGAGCCAGAGAAGUUUGAGGAAGGAGUAGGAAACACCAGGCCUAAAGUUCAAAACGUGGCUGUGCCACUUAAAACAAAACAAAAAAAGAAACUAAACAAAAAACAUAAACUAAAAAAUAUAAAUGAGAAAAUGGAAACAAAAAUUGGAUAAUCCAAGAAGCAGUGUGAAAUGAAAGAAAGAAUUAGAAGAUGGAAGAAGCAAGCGAAACUUGUGAGAAUCAGCAGAGUUAUAUAAAUGUUAUAUAGACUAAAUGUAUAACACAAUAGCCUAGAAUAUUAGUUACAAUAGAGAGUAGAGUGUAUGAAUGUAUCUGAUACGCAUAUAUAUUAUAUAUACUAUAUAUAUACAUAUAUAUAUAUAUAAACUGAACUAACGAAACUUUUUUGAAAUUAUGUGUGUGUAUGUAUGUAUGUGUAAGUGUAGCGGGCAUAUGCUAUAACUAUACAGAACACACUAUAAAUACGAUACAUAUAAACUAUAUACUAUACUAUACUAUAUAUAUAUAUAUAAAGCCUGCAUUUGUUAAACGAAUAUUACAGAAAUGUUGAACGUGCAAAUACUAUUUUUUUUUUAUUAAAUUUUCAAGAUUAUUAUUACUAUUAUUUUUAUUUGAAUAAUUGCAAUUGUGUUUUUUUUUUUGGUUUUGAAUGAAUGUUGAGAGAUGGAAAAUGUGUUUUAUUAGUUGUAGCUCGAUUUAUACAAAAUACUAUAUUAUAUUAUAAAUACGAUGUAAGUGUAACAACAAUUGAAAAGAAAAAUGAAAGAAAGAAAGAAAAACAAAAAUAGCUGUAAUAUGAUAUGUAAUAUGAUAUACUAUGUAAUAAUAACAAAUGUGAAAUGAUUGUCAAACGAUUGUUGAAAAUCUUUAUUUAUUAACUAUUAUUAUUGAUUACGAUUACGAUUAUGCUUAUGAUUAUUAUGAUUGCUGUUGUUCUUCUUCUUUUUUUGUUUACUAUAUUCGUUGGGUGGUUCACAAACUCACACACAAACACAGACACACAGAGACAGCACAAUGUUUGUAUAUGUAUUUGCUAUGCGAUAGAUUGUAAACUAAGGACAAAAACAAACACGUACAAAUUACAGUUACAAUGUUCAUUGUUUCGUUUCGCCUUUUUAAACGUAACUUUUUACGACUAGAGUCUAAAUGGAUGCUAAACGAGUUUGUUAGUGCGCUUUUUGUACAACUUCUAGUUAGCAUAUUAAUGUGUUUGUAUAUCUAUGAUGUAUGUAUGUGGAAUCUGUGUGCGCAAGAGAGAGACAGACAUUGGACGUUUGUAUACCCCCCCGUUUGGAUGCUAGUAAUUGUUACAAUGAUGAUAAAAUAUGUAUAUGUAAACAACAAUCGAGAGACGUUUGUAAAAUGUACAGACAUCAAAUGUAUAUUUCAGAAACACACACUCACACACACACUCCCACAAAACAGAAACCAAAUAGUUUUUAUGAUAAAAUGAAAAAUGAAGUUUACCUGAUCUAAUCGCCUAAAUAGUACUGUUGAUAAGCAGCCGCUCCGUCAAUGGGCUGGCACCCAAGGGAAAGACGAGGGCCGAAAGAUCUUUGCAAACGCAACUCUUGUUAUCCAAAUGAAUGUGUGUGUAUGUAUGUAUGUAUGUAUGUGUAUGUGUGCAUGUUUCGUGGUGUUAUUUGCUUGUUUGUAAAAGAUGUUAAUUGAGCACAACGAGAUAAAAUAACCGAUGAAUUAUGAGAUGAAAUACAAUGUUAACAGCAGCUAAAACACUAAUAAUGAAUAUUACACAAAAAAAAAACAA